AAUAAUAUUUUACUCUCAUAAAUUCUAGCAUUUUAUGGAUUCAACAUCUAGAGUUGAACAACCCGACCCAAACAUUGUCGGUAGCGAAGGAGUAGUAGUAGGAGGAGGAGAAGGUACAGGUACAUCAUCAGCAAGCGCUGCGACGGAGGGGGGACAGUCAACAACGGUGUCUGCAGCACCACCAAGUCGAUACGAGUCACAGAAACGUCGAGAUUGGAAUACUUUCUUACAGUACUUAAGGAACCACAAACCGCCGUUAACCCUUGCCCGUUGCAGCGGAGCUCACGUGAUCGAGUUCCUUAAGUACCUUGAUCAAUUUGGGAAAACAAAAGUGCACGUGACCGGGUGCCCGUAUUUCGGGCACCCAAAUCCACCAGCACCUUGUGCCUGUCCGUUGAAACAGGCUUGGGGUAGCCUUGAUGCACUAAUUGGAAGGCUAAGAGCUGCUUAUGAAGAAAAUGGGGGAAAACCUGAAUCAAAUCCAUUUGGUGCUAAAGCUGUUAGAAUUUAUUUAAGGGAAGUUAGAGAAAGUCAAGCAAAAGCAAGAGGAAUUCCUUAUGAAAAGAAGAAACGUAAACGGCCGAGUACAUCGAGUUCGGUUGCGACAGCUGGCAGUGCUAUCGCGGCAGAAGCAGGAGGUAGUGGUGGUGGCAGUGGCAGUGGCGGAGACGGUGUUAUUGGUCAGCAGCCACCUACUGCUCCUAAUACAACAGUAUAGUACAAUACUAUUCAUUUUCAAUUUUAAGUUUAGUUAGUAAUUGUGAAUUAUCUAAAUCUUAUGUGGCGCGAAUUCAAAUUUAAUUCUGAUCACAUUUGUUUUUCUAAAAUAUAUUUAGUGACAGUUGAAUUAUCAUUCAUGAUGGUAAGAAUAUUUCUCUCUA